UUGCCAUCCGAAGGUUUUGAAGAGGAAAAUUUUCGCUCCGAAUAUUUGUCAGAAUAUUCUACCAAGUCUUUCAACCUCAAGAAAGUCUUCUAAUUCUUGGUUGGAUAUCCCUGAAAGACUGGAGGAGAAAAGGAGAAUUCAUGUAAAACCAGAGAUAAUUAUACAUCCGAUAUAUAAAAGUAAAAAUUCAAUGCUGAUUAUGCAUUUAUUAUUUACAAUUUCAGGAAAUUAGAACACAUAUUUAAUAGCAAGCCAGCCUGCGUGAUAUUGCAGCGGAAAAGAUGCCAAAUUCCUCGCGGCCACCGCCACCUCCUUCAUCGAAUCCCAUUUUCCUCUGUUGAUAACUGCGGCAUCUCCAAUAAACCAGGAGACUCUCUCUCUUUUAAAAGGGAAACGAAGAGCAAGAAUAAGCUGCAAUAAGCUCCAUUCACAUUAGGUCAGCUGUAAUCCAUUUCCUUUUUUCUUACCCUGCGAUUUUCAUAUCUUUGAUUUUCUGUUCUGCCCGUCCCUUCAGUCUGUAAUCAAGAGAAAUUAUUAUUAUUAUUAUUAUUUCUUUUCCUUGUAAUUUUUGUUAUAAAAUUGAUUUUCCUCGCCGAGAGUUUCAUUUUCCUUUGAAAAUAUCGCACGCACGUAGUAGAGGGCAUAAAAGUACUCUGGUGUGCUGGUUUUAUUUGUGCUCGUAAUUUUAGCGGUUCGAGCCUUCCAUUUGUGUGUCUCCAUGUCCGGUACUUUCCGGUAAUCGCGUUAGUUAAUUCAUUUUUCCAAUUAUACCCUUCGUUCUUCUAGAAGCUCUUAAACUGCGUUUUCCUUCCACAUUUUAGACACCCUGUUUGUAUGUGCUUGACUAGACUCGGGAGGAUUAGGAAGGUCAGGUAAGAGUAAACUGGAGAACAGCGAUUCCUUCCAGGGAUGCAUUUCCUUUCCUCGCGUGGUUAAAGUUAAACUGUGCUUUGAUUUCUUUAUCAUAUUUUUGAGCUUCUCAACUGCGGCAAUCGAUUAUUGACUUCAUAAUUAGCUAUCAAUCACCGUCAUAAGAAGAAACAAGGAGGCAUGGUUGAAGAUUAAUAUAUUCAACUUGUUUUAUUUGUAGGGACUCAGUUCGGUGAAAGUAGACCUUUUGGCUCCAAAAUAAAAAGGAAAUUUCUUGGUCGGUGCAGUGUUGUUAUUCGGGCUGUCAAAGGAGGAAGCUUGACAGCCCGAUUGUCUUGGACCCUUUAAAGUAAGGUAAGAAUAAGAAUCCCAUUGAAUUACCAACUCCCUAACUUUGCAUGUUUCCUCGUUUGCAUUAGAUUUGGUCACGUUGUUUUUUUUUUAAUCAAAUCCAAACCAUUCUUUUCUUUGAUUCUUCUUUUUUUUAUAUCAUUGUUGGUCUAUUCUUCGAAAUUGUUCGACUUCGAUUUGCUCCAAUUUUCUGCAGGUAAUUGUCUCUCCUUCCAUAUUUGGUUAUCUGGGUUGUGGUCAGAUUCGGUUUCCGCCUCUGUACUUUAUUCCACGUGAAAUCCUAUAUGAUUGCCUUCAUGUUCUUAUGAGAGAUCUUUUCUUCUAUUUCCUCAAUGGGUUCCUUGUCUGGAAUCCUGCAAAGACCGAUAGUUGCAGCUGCUGCCGUUGCCUUGGCUUCUGUUUCUACUGACCUAUCAGAUAAAUUCCCAUCUCUUAAAUCAUUAAAUACCGAUUCCGCCCUAGAACAAUCACAUUCUAAAUUAUCUAAUUCAGUGCAAGAACCAAACUUUUCAUGGGUUUCUCAUAUAUCGGUUUCUAAGCUGACCGACUUGUCCUUUGUCACUAAAAUUCGUGUACCUAUACCAAACGCUAACUUUCCAGUUGCUAAUUCAAUUCAGAAAUUUGUCCCCUGUACAUUAGCUUCUUCUUCUCCUCUUCUUCUUAAUUCAUAUCAGUCUGCAGAGUUGGUAAAAGGACCGAAACCGACUGCACUUACAAAUACUAUACCUACUUCCACUCUUGAUGUACUGUACAGAUGGCAUUUGCCAGAGCCAGAUGCUAUUGAUGUUUCUGGAUCUUCUGAUUGCUCGUUGGCAAAGUCUAGGACAGUCGUGGUUUUGUUAGGGUGGUUAGGAUCAAAGCAAAAGCAUCUGAAGAAGUACGCGGACUGGUAUACUUCAAGGGGAUUUCAUGCCAUUACUUUCACAUUUCCGAUGGCUGAGAUUCUUAGUUACCGAGUUGAUGGGAAAGCUGAACAAGAUAUAGACUUGCUUGUGAACCAUCUGGCUGAUUGGCUAGAGGAGGAGCAUGGAAAGAGCCUGAUUUUCCAUACUUUCAGCAAUACAGGAUGGUUAACAUAUGGAGUUAUACUGGAGAAGUUACAGAAUCAGGAUCCUUACUUAAUGGGAAGGAUCAAGGGUUGUAUUGUCGAUUCUGCACCUGUUGCUGCUGCUGACCCCCAGGUCUGGGCUUCGGGUUUCUCUGCAGCUUUUCUAAAAAAGAAUAGUGUUGCUGCCAAAGUAAAUAUGAGCUCAAAUGAGUCAAAUAUGGAGGUAUUAGUUGGCAGCAAAACGUUGGUAGAACCUAAACCUGCAGCUACUGAAGCAGCUUUAUUAGUAAUUUUGGAGAAGAUCUUUGAGGUGAUUUUGAAUCUUCCUACUGUGAACAGGAGGCUCUCUGAUGUGCUAAGCUUACUAUCUUCAGGGCAACCUAGCUGUCCACAGCUAUACAUUUAUAGCUCUGCAGAUAGAGUCAUCCCUGCAGUGUCUGUGGAAUCGUUUAUAGAGGAUCAGCGAAGAGCUGGGCAUGAGGUCAGGGCUUGCAACUUUGUGUUCACGCCACAUGUUGAUCAUUUCAGAAAUGAUCCAAAAUUGUACAGCACUCAGCUUAGCCAAUUUUUGGAUGAAAAUGUGCUUGCUUGUUGUAAACGUGCUUAAUUGAAGCCACGGGGGCAAAACCCUUCAUUCUUUCUUCUUCUUCUUCUUCUUCUUCUUCUUUCAAUUAGAUCAUAGAAAUCAAUUCAUGGGCGCAAAGGUUGAUGAAUGCAACAGGAGGAAAAAUAACUGUAUUUAUUGAUCUUAUUUUUUGCUAUUAUUUUUGAUGUGUUUGGGGCAAUUGAAAUUGGAAUAUACCCUUUAGAGAAUAGCUUGUGACUGGAUGGUGGGCCAUGUCUCACUGACUUGUUAAUUGUAAUUUUUGUUUACAUCAGUGAAGUUAUUUAACAUCAUAUUGAUC